CAGCUGCAGAGGGGAUUUCCUGGGCGGAAGCAGUGGAGGGGGUUUCCAGUGAUCAGUGCUGCUGGAUCUCUCAGGCUGAGGAGCAGCGAAUGAACCCGGACAGCAGAACCAGGACCCGGAUAGCAAAACCAGGAUCUAGACAGCAACAGAACCGGGACCAUGAGGAGCCCGUCUGCGGCCCGGAGGCUCCGCGGCGGGGCGACGGUUUGAAUCCCGGAGACAGAGAGCCGAGCGGAGGAGCUUCAUGUCAUGUCGGGGGGGAGGAGUGCUGAUGGGCGGGAAGUGCAGGUUCCCCUCCAGCAGGUGGCGCCCUCCCUGACCACGCCCCUCUCCGUGGCCCCGCCCUCUCAUCGGCAGGCUAAUCCCUGGCCUCCGAGCGACCCCGCUUCCUCUCCAGGGGCUCCUGCAGGGUUCCUCCCGGUCCACGGGGGGUUCAGGGACCACUUUGUGGAACCUCCUGAACCCAAGUACUGCUGCGAAGCCUGUAGGCUGGUCCUGUGUCAGCCGAGGCAGACCGAGUGUGGACACCGGUUCUGCCAGAGCUGCAUCAGCGACAUCCUCAGUAAUCCUAACCCAUCAUGUCCAGCUGACAGAGAGCCGCUGUUCAAAGACAAGAUCUUCAGAGACGUUUGCUGUCAUCGGGAGAUCAUGGCGCUGAAGGUCUACUGUCGCAGUGAAGCCAACGGCUGCCCGGAGCAGCUGAGUCUGCAGCACAUCCCUGAGCACCUGACGGUGUGCCUGUUCUUUGAGGUCCCCUGUCCCCUGGGGCAGUGCAAGGAGAGGAUGAUGAGGAAGGAGAUUCCCGACCACCUGAGCUGGAAGUGCAAACACCGGGAGACCAGCUGCGAGUUCUGCAGCACCAAGAUGCCACUGACCGAGCUGCAGAAACACAAGGAGACGGUAUGUCCGGCGUUCCUGGUUCCGUGUCCGAACCUCUGCUCGUUCUCCGCCCUGCCCCGCAGCGAGCUGUCGAGUCACCAGCAUGACUGUCCCAAAGCUCAGGUCAGCUGUCAGUUCCUGCGUUACGGCUGCAGCUUUAAGGGUUUGAACCAGGACCUGAGGCAGCACGAGUCCAGCUCUGCCGCCGAGCACCUGAAGAUGAUGGCCAGCAGGAACUCAGCUUUAGAAAACAAGGUAGAGGACAUUAAAGGGGAUCUGCUGGAGAGGUACAAGGUGCUUCCUGCUCUCAGCAGUCGGCUGUCGGAGCUGGAGAACCAGCAGGAUGAGCUGCGAGAGAAGAACCGGCAGAUGGAGCAGAAGCUGGCCACCAUGCAGAAACUGAUGAGUUCUCACUCAGAGAAGCUUCUGGAAGUGGAGCUGGAGCUGCGUUCUCUUCGGGUUCUCAGAGAGGAGGUGGAGAACAUCAGAGGAACCCUGGAGAACGUCAGGACAAGACUGAACGCUCUGGAACAAGGAGGACGCAGUGGAACCGGAUCCACAACACACACUCUGGCGUCCCUGGAGACACAGCUGAAUCGUCAUGACGAUAUGCUUAGCGUUCAUGACGUCCGGUUGGCCGACAUGGAUCUCCGGUUCCAGGUUCUGGAGACGGCAAGCUACAAUGGGACUCUGAUCUGGAAGAUCCGCGACUACAAGAGACGGAAACAGGAAGCAGUGGCAGCGAAGACGCUGUCUCUGUACUCACAGCCGUUCUACACCGGGUACUUUGGGUACAAGAUGUGCGCCCGGGUCUACCUGAACGGGGACGGCAUGGGGAAGGGGACGCACCUGUCGCUGUUCUUCGUUGUGAUGAGGGGCGAGUAUGACGCCCUGCUGCCCUGGCCCUUCAAACAGAAGGUGACUUUGAUGCUGAUGGAUCAGGGUCCAGCGAGGAAGCACCUGGGCGAUGCCUUCAAGCCGGACCCGAACAGCAGCAGCUUCAGGCGGCCAGCGGCGGAGAUGAACAUCGCGUCUGGCUGUCCUCUGUUUGUGUCUCAAAGCGUCCUGGAGACCGGCAGCUACAUCAAGGACGACACCAUCUUCAUCAAGGUUACCGUGGAUACCUCUGACCUCCCUGACCCGUGACCCUGUGACCUUGCUGAUCUAAGAUCAGCUGACCUGUUGACCCAGUAGAGCAAAGGAUGAUGGGAAGGAUCAGAGAUGAUGGAGCAGGCUCGCCACCGACAGAAGGGAAGAAGAAGAGCCUGACAGGAAGCAGCCAGUCAGGGAGGACUUUACAGAGACCAGAGCGGGGUCUUAUUCUGAUUGGCUGAUGGAAUACAGAAGUGUGUGUGUGUGUGUGUGUGUGUGUGUGUGUGUGUGUGUGUGUGUGUGUGUAUGUGUAUGUGUGUGUGUGUGUGUGUGUCAGGGUCAGUGUUGCUAUGACAUCACCAUGGUGAUAUCACCAGAGCCAACAUGGCGGCCGGACAUUGUUGCUGCUCAUUACUGAUGCCGUGCAUCAAGCUUUACUUCCUGUUCAUUACCUGUUUACCAAGGCAUGCUGAGAAAUCCUCUGCAGCCACAGAGGAGCUCUGAAUACCAGAAGAGCAGAUACAAGUGAAUAUAUGUGGAGGGUGCAGAUCCAAUAAAACCCAGGAGCAGGAGAGAGACAGAAACCUGCUCAGAUUAACCCUUUAACUAACAGCAGGGAGGCUCCUCUCUGCGGUCACUGGGUCGGACACCAGUUUUGGUGUGAACACAAGACCCACCAGGUCCCAGUAUGAGUCCCAGUAUGAGCUCCCAGUAGGAGCCUCUCUGUGGCUCAGACUCCAUGUGACUCCAUCUGAUUUUCAUCCUUUGCACAGUUUAAAUGUUUAAGUGUGAAAAUAAAAAUGUAAAAACACAAA